AUAAAUUUUUUGUGUAACAUAUAAAUUUAAAUUACAAUGGGUAAAAAAGAAGAGUCAAAAGAAGAUGAAAACAAAGAUAAAGAUAAGAAAGAUGACAAAGAUAAAAAAGAACCAAAUGAUAUAUUUCGUUAUCCGUUAGUGCGGUUUCUUGGUGGAUAUCUACCAGAAGUUACUAAUGAUUUAGCAUCAAUAUCACCGUUAGUAUAUGGACAAUCAUGCUGGUUAUAUAAAAUACGCCCAACUUACAUACUAUUUGAUACAUUAAAUAAGGGUGUAAAAGCAUAUCAAGAUGAUAAAGGUAAUGGAAUUGGCCCGGGUCUAUUAGCAGCUGGUGAUCGUUAUUUAUGGCAUAUCUUUGCAUCGAUUCUACUACCAUCAAUAUCGUUAAACUAUUUACGACGUGGUUUAUCUAGAUUAUUAGGUACGAUAAAUUUAACAAAAGACAUGAAGACAUCAUUAAUAACUAUCGCUGUACUUGGUGCAAUACCGUUAAUUAUACAACCAUUAGAUGAAGUUGCUGAUCAUAUACUUGAAAACUCAUAUCGAAAAAUUUAUAUGGGUAAAGAUAAUAAAGAAGAAUCAAAGAAAGAAGAAAAGCAAGAUAAUGCAGCUUAA